AUGGCACGCACGCUUUUACUGCACUGCGUUCGAGAAUAUCGUGGAGAUGAGCGAGUAAGGCAGACGGUAUGGCAACUGAUUGCUCCUCAAGGCGCUAAAAAUGCCAAGGAACCAAAAGGAUCGCAGUCCAUCUACCAUCAGGGCUGGGCAGCACUACCUGAAUUCAAUCCGCCGAACUUUGCACUUGAUGCUUCAUUUCAACGACAUGUUCAUCGUCAUGCAAACAAAUUGUUGGUGAAGAUCGAUCAGUUGAGGCAUUUGCAGAAGACAAUCAUAGGGAACAAGGCGGCAGAUAUUGACGCAGGAAAUGACUGGACGACCAUUGAUAUUUCCGUACCGACACUGAUUGAGCCGAUGUGUGACGGCUGGGAUGCAGACUGUGACAAGUGUCUCUUGAUUGGAAUCUACAAGCAUGGUCUCGACAACGUGGAUGCUCUAAGAGCUGACGAAAAGUUGUGCUUUGCUACCAAAACUGCUCUGCCAGAGGCGUUCCCUGCAGCCGCUGAGAUAUCAACGAGGUUCAGGAGGCUCAUUGCUGUCAGCCAGCGAAACAUCACCGAUCCCGUUUAUGAGAAAUUGAGAGAGAAGAAGUGUAGGUGGAGCCGACGAGAAGAACAAGAGUACAUGCGGGUGUUACGGUCAUUUGGUAUGAAAGACAAGAGAAAUGAUCCGACAAUGAUCGACUGGGAUGCGUUCCGAGCGUUUUCACCGCUGCUGGAGAAAAAGAGUGACGAAGAGAUGCAAGAGCAUUUGUAUUGUAUUCUUGCGAUGUGCACUAAGGCGCAAGGAGGCGAACUGUCGGCUCUCGAUACGAAGCGGGCCCUCUCAGUUGAUGCGAUGACUUCCCGAAAGGCCCAGAAGUUGAUGAAUCGGUUGCAUCUGACGAGAAAGGUUCACGCACUGGCUGCUGGUCUUGACAAAGUGACUCCGAUGUUGAAGUUGUGUUCUGCCGAAGCAAUGCCAUCAGGAUGGACUACUCAACAUGACAAAGAGCUCAUAUCUGUUUGUGAUCAGCAUGGUAUCGAUAACAUCUCGGCAAAUAUCCUGAAGAAACCGGCGUUCCAGAAGAUUAUUCGACCUACGGAGAAAACGUUGCUGCGAAGGGUAAUCGAGGUGUGCACUACUGUAGAAACCGGUAAAUGGAAUGGAACAGCAAGCACUGAUAGCGUGGAUGAUAGCGACGCAGAAGAGCGGGUUCGUGCACAACAACAGGCUGAACCAGCUGUGGUCACAACUGCUUCCCCAGCUCCUUCGACAUCUUCCGCCCCUGGACCAUCAAAUUCCCAGCAGCAGCAGCAAUCUGCCGCGAUGGCUCAGCUUGGGCUGAAUGAACUCAUCAUUCUAGCCAGCCUACCACCUGAUACGAGGAUCCCGGUCCAAAAUCUUCAGACUAAGGAACGGCUGUUGGGUGAAUCGGCACCAAAGCUGAAAAACCUCAGUGUAUGGUUAACAUCGCAUCCUCACCACACUCUAGAUCUCGCCAGUUUAGGGAAGGAACCACCAACAUCCGUUCCAACUCCAGUGGUCACAUCUGCAGCGGGUGAUUCCGCCCCAUCGAGCGCAAAACCAUCAGCUCCUCCUACUCCGAAGCCAUCCACUCCGAAACCACUUAGCGCAGCUACCACUCCUGCACCUAGCUCAAAGCCAGUGAGUGCGGCACCUACACCAGCACCGCUCACCCCGAAGCCGGAAACCAGUCCACGUCUCGAGCCUGGUGAGAUCCCUAAAAAAGCAUCAAAUGCGGGGGUUUCUGCCACAACAAGUGCUGGAGAUGGCCCGGUGUCGGUGUUUAGUAGGUUGACAGGAGCUUUACUCCCUGCCUCGAAAUGGCCAACUUUGAGCAAAUUGGCCUCGUGGCUUGAUGCGCACCCCGAAGCAAAUGUUCAUAGCAGUAGUGUUCCUGUUGCUCAGUUGGUAGUUGGAAUGUCACAUCCUGAACGGCUUGGUGGUGAUCCUGUUGCCAUUGCAAGUGCCGCUGGAGCGGCUUCGUCAGCAGCAGCAAAAUCGGUCCGAC